AUGUUUGAAAAAAGUUUGAUGAAUAUUUCUCAAGUUAUUACUUAUGACUACUAUCUCACAGAGUUUUCUCAAAUGAUUUCAUUCCAAAGAUUGCCUUAUAUUGAAGUGAUAGCAGGUACUUCAAGUGCUUACUCAAACGUGUUUGCUUAUGCUGAACUAGAAUAUGUUUAUUUUUUAAAUGGAACUCAAAGAAGGGAAUUGGUUACAAAUUACCUUGAAUGCUACACAAAUCCAACUAGCAACUCAUUGCAAUUCAAAGCCAAAUUGAGUUCUGCUAUUGUUUAUAAAAAGGGAAGAUACCUCAUUAAGUUACAUUGCUAUAAAGAUGGGGAUUUAAUUGGGUCAAGAGAGGGUGUAUUUCAGGUUGUAUAA